AUGGACAUUUUCCGGCAUCUCUCACUUGGCAAUGCUCGUCGGCAAGAAGCCCUUUCCUUUCGUACCGGCUUGCAAUCUGGCUCCAGCGAAUCUGCACCAUGCAAGAGGUGCAGCCUGCGGUUUGCAGGCACGCGGAUCAUGAGCGCUGCCGCUGCCAGAUACGACGCAGCUAUAGAGUGGGCGCCACCAGCGUGGUUCGAGUUGGAUGAAGGUACCUCCAGGCGUGCACGAUGCACCUCCUCGGAGCCCCUGUCCUCCUUAAAGGUUCCCAGCCUUUUGCCGAGCUCUGCACCUCUGAAGUCGCCCACGCGGCAAUGCAGCAGCGAAGCUGGAAAGCGGUACUCCAGGAGCAAUCCGCUCCUGUUUCCUUUGAGCAAUCCGCUUCCAAGCUGGUCUUGCAUGCAAGAACAAAUGAAGACCGGCUCUGGCCCAGUGUCACCGGAGACGAGUACUGACGGCACAUCUUCUCAGAAGCCGUUGACCAGCGAUGGAUCCGAAAGUCUCCUGGCAAGAUUGCAGCAGGCAGAGCAGAGUCUUGCGGAGAAGGAUCAACGAAUUGAAGCGCUCGAGGCAUGCACCAGGCAAUUAGCGGAGCGACUAGCCUUGGCCGAGGGACUGGCCAAGCCAAAGGAUUGCAAAGAUCCCAGCACCCCAACCUCCACCAGGUCCACGUCUGAUUCCACGGCCUGGUCUGGAGAUCAGCCGGUUUUGCCGAGGAACUUCACCAUGGAGAGCCUGGUAAGCGACGAGAGCUAUGCAACCUAUGCGCCUCAGACAUCUGUGGCAGCAAAGUCACCGAGAAAGCCAACAAAGCCCAGCUAUGUGAGAGGCACCAAGGUGUCUGACGAGUAUGCAACACAGGCAGACGUGGAUGCCGUGUGCCACAGGUGCGAGCAGCUUCUCAAAUCAGUCACAUCAGCGGUCGAAAAUAAUGAGCAUUUGGCGAGCAAGCGCAAGCAGCAGAAAAGCUCCGUGCCAACGCUGCGGCGUCUGAAAGGCAGUAAGCAAAUUACUGCCUCUUGGUAA